AAUCAUGAUUUCAGACCAUGCUUACUCCAGAGGAUGCACUGAAAUUCUUGGCUGUAGAUCUUAGGAUCGCAGAUGUAGAGAGAAGACUCCGGGAUGAUAAGCUUGGUCUUCUAGAUGACAUCAUCCGCUCCUACCACAACUCCGUACCAUUUCAAAACCUAACACUCUUUUCUACGGAUGAAAAGGACAGGGCAGCCCCUACACCAGAACAGGUCAAACAAGAUGUGUUGUCGGGAAAGGGUGGCCUCUGCAUGACGCAGAACUUUUUCGUCUUCUACUUGCUACAAUCACUGGAAUAUGAUGUAUUUUUGAUAUCCUCUAAUGUAAGCUAUCCGAAAAACCACGUCAUUGUAGGCGCGCGAAACGUGGCGGAAAAAGAUGACAAGUAUCUUGUAGAGGUCGGAUGCGGGUUUCCAACAUUCCAGGCAAUUCCUUUGAACUUCCAGGAAGAGUCUCCGGUAUACCAGCACUCCUUUCUUGAGUACAGGUUUGUGAAAAAGGGGGAAAUGAUCGAAAGGCAACAACGUCGCGGGGACAUACGUCCUUUGGCACCAGGACAACAACCUGGUACCUGGCGCCGGUACUACGACUUCACGCUGGAGCCGAGGGACGAAGAGUUCUUCCGGGAACCGAUGCACACGGUCUGCACUGUUCCGGGAACGUCGCCGUUUCUCCAGAGUCUGCGUAUCAUCACGUUUCAAAAGGACAGACUUCGGGCGAUCAAAGACUGGUCUCUGUUGGAGGAACAAGAGGAUCAUACUCUUAAGGAAACCAAGAUUCACUCCAUGUCUGAAAUGAUGGCGAUCAUCAAGGAACUUGUUGAUAAAAUUGACCAGGCUACAGUGUCUAAAGCUCUAUCACACUGGCGGGAAGCUUGUGAAUAGGGAAAAUAUUCCCUAAAUAUGUAAAAAAAAGUGCAAUUACUUUACAUAAUCCUAGGCAAAAUCCUAUGGUACGAUUCAGUCUAAUAUUUGAUAUUUUCGCCUAAAAUAAUGCUUUUAGGUGCCUUGGGAUAGGUGAAAUUGCAUAUCUUCUAUUCAACAUUAUAAGCCUUUAAAAAUCAUUUUAAUUUGUCAGAAACUGACAUGCAAAUGUUACUAGCAUAAGGGUUUGUAUUGUAAAACAAUUAUUGACGCUUUAAAGAAUUUAUCCAUUUCUAAACAUAUUCUUCCAUAUACCAAUAUCAAACUUUUACCGUUAUCAAUCACCUAAAAUCACUGAAAAAAUUGGAUUUUUUAAAAAUAAUGUCAAAUUAGCAUAAAUUGUGCAUUAUUAUCAUACAGAAUUUACUGAGAAAUAUGGAAGAUUCUGUAAUGAGCUUAUGUAUUCACAGUUGUUAGCAAGACUAGUAUUCCUCACAAAUGGAGACGGAUGAUUUAUGGUAUUUAACAUUGUGUUACUGUUCUUAUGCCUGGGAUAUGACAUUUAAAGUGGUUAAAAGGUGAAGCUACAUAAGGAAUUAUAUAGAUUUCAUUUGGUGGCAAGAAACCUUGUUGACUUUCAUUGUAAAACCCAGGAAUACUGGAUAGAUCAU